CCCAUUUCCUGUACCAGUGGAAGUUCGAGUGCCAUUUCCUGAACGGGACGCGGCGGGUGCGGUACCUGUACCGGGAGAUCUACGACCAGCAGGAGUUUCUCCGCUUCGACAGCGCCCGCGGGGAGUUCGAGGCCGUCACGGCGUUGGGGAAGGUGGAUGCGGAGGCUUUGAACAGGGAUAAGCACUUCCUGCAGUACCAGAAGGCCCAAGUGGAUGACUAUUGCCGACCCAACUACGAGGUUGCCCAGAGCAUUUCUGCGGUUGGCCGGAGAGUGUCCACCAUCCUCCUCUGCACCGCAAGGGGCUUCUACCCCGUGGAGAUCGAGGUCUGGUGGCUGAAGAACGGGCGGCCGGAGGAGGAGGGCGUGGCCUUCGGGGAGGAGCUCCAGAAUGGAGACUGGACCUACCAGGUGCAGGUGAUGCUGGAGACCCAACCCCAGCGGGGGGACGUCUACGCCUGCCAGGUGGAGCAUGCCAGCCUGGAGGCCCCCAUCACCGUCCAGUGGGAGCCCCGUUCCUCCAACUCGGCCAGGAGCAAACUCUGGACGGGGAUCGUGGCAGCCAUGAUCGGGGUGAUCUUCUUUGCCAUGGGGCUCUCCCUCUACCUGAAGAGCAAGAAAGGUGAG